CGUUGACAGUUGUUACAUGUAAAACUGCCCCCCAUCAUGGGAGGAGUAGUUCACAAUUGUUAAGUUAAUAUACCGUUAUCUAACUAAAGUUAGGAUGUAAAUAUUGUUUCGGAUACCUCUUAGCUUAACCCAAAGAUACUGUAUUUAUGUUCUUUAAUUAAAAUCCUCGAAGCGCUUCGUCUCUUUCUUAUAUAUGCUUGGUAACGUUCACGUUAGCUACAAUCAGCUGGACUGUGGCACAGUGUUGCCUUGGCUUUGUUUUUUGGAGGAGAAGUAGCAAUUUAGCAUAGCUUUACUAGCCACGACCGAAUAAGCUAGCCAGCCAUCGUUAUUUCUUAUGAAACCGAAACGUUAUUUUGACAAAAAUGUCAACACCGUCAGUGGAUAAAGAACUACAGGAACGAUUGCGAGAGGCGUCUGCUAUCGGAGACAUCGAUGAAGUACGGACUUUAGUGGAGAGCGGUGUUAAUGUGAACUCCCAAAAUGAAAUCAAUGGCUGGACAUGUUUGCAUUGGGCAUGUAAGCGGAACCACAGGCAUAUUGUUGCCUACCUUCUCAACUCGGGCGCAGACAAAGACAUACUAACUUCAAAAGAUGAGUUAGCGGCCCAGCUAACCUCAAAGCCCGAUAUCAGAUCACUGCUCGGAGUGGAGGAGGAUGAAGUUCCUGAGCUGAAGGAGCCGGAUUUGCCGAUCGUGGCGAGCUACCUCUCCAGCGCGCCUUUUGUGUACAACAAGCCCGACUCGGACAGCCUCGCCCUGGAGCCCUGCGUCACGCACAAUGGCGUCGCGGAUCACAGCCACAACUGCCACGGCAACCGCUCCCCUUCGCCGGCGCCCUCGCCGCCCCGCCCACCAGAGCAGAGCCUGAUGGCCGACGCCCGCUCGCAGAGAGAGGCCGGUCGAGCGCCUAUCGCCGAGCAGAACGGCCUGUCGCCGAGCCCUCACUGUGCCAUGAACGGGACCCUCUCCAUGGAGCUCUCCGAGUCACGCCCCCAGGUCGCCAACACCGCUGUCGCUAGGCAACAGCCCAUUCCCCAGCAGUUUAACUGCGCUCAGGCAGGGGGGUCGGUGCCAGCAUUCCAACCCUUCUUCUUCACUAGCACCUUCCCAGUCAAUGUGCAAGAGUUGGUGCUGAAAGUGAGGAUCCAGAACCCAAAUGCGCGGGAAAACGACUUCAUCGAGGUGGAGCUGGACCGGCGGGAACUGACCUACCGCGCGCUACUCAGGGUGUGCUGUCGCGAGCUGGACAUCAGCGCUGACCACGUGGAGAAGAUCCGCAAGCUGCCCAACACCAUGCUGAGAAAGGACAAGGACGUGGCUCGGCUGCAGGACUUCCAGGAGCUGGAGGUGGUGUUGGAGAAGGCGGAGGGCCUGUCGCUGCUCUCCGCGGGGGGGCAGGGAGGCCUGACGGACCGGCCGUGCUACAACAUGAAGGCCUCGCGGCUCACCUACUAACCGCGCCCUUUACCUCCAGAGUGUGUCCUAGUGCUGCUCCCUUCCUUUUUAAUUUUAACAGAUCCGUCGCGUUUUACUUCCCUCCCCUCGCAUUCUGCAAGCAUCCGCUCCUGUGAGUGCCAGUGGUCCGCUUUGUUGCAGGAGCGCUGCAGCGCGUCUCCGGCGUGUCUCCAGCGCGUCUCGGAGCGCGUCUCCCGACUCGAACGCGGCUUUUCGGGGGCGGCGCCUCUCCGUCUGGCUCGUCCUGCGCGGCGCGGAGCCCGGGUUCGCGGGCCGGAGCGGCAGAGGGACGGUUCGCCCAUCCCGCGGCGGAUCAGGUUGCAGCGCGUGCCCUGCAGUCCCGAUUGCAUACGAAGCCCAGUAUUUACAGCACAAGCCCACGCUUUCCCCAGACUGCCCGAGUGGUGCAGGGCAGCCUCUCCUGCGGAUGUGCAGCUAAGCUUCUUCUGCCGCGAUAAACGCGUUCGCUGCAAAACGCCGGCAUUCAUUUCGCUCUCCGAUUAGCGCCAGAUAUGUUCCCGCCGCAUUUACUAAAAACACGAGUUCGAGAUCGAUCACUGUUGCUUUUGGACCGUAACAGAGGGCAGCGAUUGCAUCUGCUGGACCUGCAGAGCACUGGGGGUACGGUAGCGAGCGGCCCGUUUCCCUGCGCGUGCUCCUCUCAUCGAACCCGGAUCAGCUCUCAGUGCCGCCCGGAUGCUGGACCCACCCGGUACCCUGCACCCACAGGCAGGUCUGCGGUGGGAGCCCCCCGAGGGAAACGGCAGUCGCACGGCACAGCGCUCCCUGUCCCAGGGCCUUAUGGGAGGCGUCUGGUUUGCACGCUCCGGUUCCUUUGUUUAAGAUGUGAGAGUGCUGAUUGUCAAGAGUUUGCACUGAUUUACUUUCCUUCCAUUACUGUGAUGGGUAUGAACAUAGGGUAAAUAUACAUACAUGUAAUGCCAGCAGGACGUGUCCUUUAACAUAGACUAAACAAUGCUGUUUUAUUAUGUCUAGGAUUUGUAAUUAUUACUGUGUUAUGUUUAACAGAAGUAUGAAUAACAUUAUGAUUUCUCAACAAGAGUGAACACUUGAAAGCGUGGUUGGACGGGGUAUUUGGUGCACCUCCAUGAAAAAUUAGUUUUCUAUGGAAAAGCCUGGGGUUUCAGGUUUUGCUAUGACUACAGUUUACAGUUUUUGAGGGAAUGGAAGGUUGCUGGCAGGUUGUUGGUGUUUUUUAGUUGCAGUUUUGUAUAUUCUUUUAAGACUAGGGUAGCAACAAAAAGUUGGUCUUUAGAAUAAAUCAAACUUAAAGCAUUACUUUUUCAAUCAUUCUUGUUUGGUACCCUGGAUCAAUAAGCUAACUUUCUUACAUUGGUUAUUUAAUUAUUUGAUUUCCAGUAGUUGAUUUUAUUAUGUGGUGACUGUGUGCUUUGUGGUUCCUUAUCUCCUACAUCCACAGCAUGUGCUGUCCUCCAUGGACACAGGAAGAUGUCACAAACAAAAAAAGGAUGAAAUAUUGACAAUUUGCGAGGAAAAACAGUAUUUGCCUUUAUCAUGCUACAAGAAGAGUGUGUACAGUACUCAUCUGGGUUGAACAUGCACAGUUAUGAUGCUGAUAAUAAAGGUAAACAGCAAACAGAA